UUUCGCCGCCGCCCCGCCCCGCCUCUCCUCUCGCCUUUCACCGGCGCCCCGCCCCGCCUCGUCUCUAGCCCCGCCUCGCCAGUCGCUGGCGCUCCGCCCCGCCUCGCCUCUCGCCUUUCGCCGUCAACCAAGCAAUGGCGUCUUCAUGGAUCUCCUCCACGAGUCGGGUGUCGACCAGCGGAAGCAAGGGCACGCAGGCGCCGUCGCAGUCGCCCAAUGGAGUACAAGCCGCCGCAGUAUUGCCGCUGUGACAUGAAAGCCCCGAGAUGGAUCUCAUGGAGCCCGAAGAACCCAGGGAGGAGGUACUACAACUGCGGCAAAGCACUGGGAGUCGACUGCAGAUAUUUUAUGAGCAUGUUGCUUGGUGAUUUGCGCGAUGUUGUGUAUCGACUGAAGGAUCAAUUGAGGAAUGAAAAUGACUUGCUCAACGCCAGCUUGUCGAAGAACAAGAUGUUGGAUGCGUAUGUGUGUGAUUUGGAAGUCAAGCAUCAUGGAGAAGUUGUUGUCCUGAAGAAGAAGAUUCAGAAACUGCGGUUCUGCCUUGUGGUUGCUGUUCUGUUUUGCCAUUUCCUUCUUUUGGAAAUGAUUUACAUCAUAAAAAAAUAGUUUGUGAAUGACUCAAUUAUGUAUGCUGUUAAGCAAGAUUCAGAAUGUAUGCUGGAGAAAUUGAGGUCCUGAAUGUAUGUUGUACUAUGAAAACAUGCAGAAUUUGUACAGUGUAAUGUUAUGAAAAAUUAAGAAUUUGACCUGAAUGUAUGUUGUG